AUGUCUAGAAAUCCCAAGUAUAAUAACGAGAGACCUUAUAUUCAACAACAAAGCUAUCGAGGCUACCCGGGUGACGAGAGUCUGGACGAAGAGCCUUAUAAUCUCUUGCAGACCAACUCCAGGGAUCAUGUAAAUCCCCGUAGCAGCAACAUGAAACGAAAUUCGUAUGCUCCGUUAUUAUCGCCAGAAUAUAGGAGUUCAGAACUACCCCCGUUGCCACCUACUAUGGACACCGAGAGUACGCAGGAGUUCCAGUUCCACCAGUAUCAACAAUACAACCAAGUGAAACCGCCACAUUACCAGAAUGGUUCCCAGAAUCAGAGUCUGCAUCCGUCUUUGAAAAAGGAAGAUUCGGCCGUGGAAUACGAAAUGACAACUAUAGACCGAGAUCAAGAUCGAGAUCGAGAUCGAGAUCUACCAGCUUUGCCCGAUACCCAGCUUGCCAACAAUUAUCGAAACCCAUUCAAUGACACAUUCGAUAACAUCCCACUCCCUCAGACCAACUAUUUCAACAGUCAAAUGGACCAAGCACCAAACCAAAAUGGAGACAGUUCAGAGUACGAUAUGGAUAAACGGCUGAAGCGAAAUGAAAGGAAUCGGAUCCGUUCGCUUCGAAGCAAACCGCGGUUCCACUAUACCAGAUUGCCCUAUUUCACAAUCAUCAUUACCCUUAUACAGGUCAUUGUAUUCAUGGUUGAAUUGGCUAAAAUGGCGUCUCUAACAGGCUCAGCAUUUCAAACCAGCCCCUACUUCAAUCCCAUGUUGGGUCCUUCUACUUAUCUCCUUAUAUACAUGGGCGCUCGUUACGUGCCCUGCAUGCACCAGAUUGUUGGAAUCACAGACGACACCACAAUCACGUUCCCUUGCGCCAACUCAACUUCAAUUGACACAUACACCUGUUCUUUAAGUGACUUAUGCGGACUUUCCGGUAUCCCUACUUUUGAUAAUGGAACGAAAUUUGCCCCGAAUCAAUGGUACAGAAUAUUCAUCCCCAUCUUUUUGCAUGCCGGGUUUUUGCAUAUCCUUUUCAACCUUCUUUUGCAACUUACAAUGGGAGCCUCUAUAGAGCGCAAUAUUGGCAUAUUAAAAUAUGCAAUCAUCUAUAUCGCAAGUGGCAUUGCAGGUUUCCUACUCGGGGCAAAUUUCACACCACAGGGCAUUGCGUCAACAGGGGCCUCGGGCUCGUUAUUUGGCGUUGUUGCCACAAAUAUCAUUUUAUUCAUUUAUGCAGGCAAGAAAAACUCAAACAUGUAUGGCACCAAACAUUACAAACUUUUUAUUUUCUUUAUGUUUUGCGAAAUUGUUGUAUCCUUUGUCUUGGGACUACUACCGGGUUUGGACAAUUUCAGUCAUUUGGGAGGCUUUGCCAUGGGCAUACUCACGGCUGUUUUACUUCUCAAGGACCCAUUUUGGAUUUUUCAAGAUGGGAUCAUCACUUAUAGAAAGAACCCAACUACGUGGGAACAGUUUGUCAAUAAUUGGAACCCGUUGUACGCAUACGAGGACAAGAUCCCGCAACGAUUCGUCAUUUGGUCUGCCGUGAGAGUGGUGGCGUUGGUCUUGAUCAUCAUCUACUUUGUCCUACUCUCCAAGAAUUUUUUCAACAAUAAAGAGAAUCUGGCUGAAAGUUGCACUUGGUGCAAGUACUUCAACUGCAUUCCAGUCAAGGGCUGGUGUGACAUUGGUGAAGUUACCGUGACGACUGAGCCUCUGGGUCCAACUGCAACUGCAACUCCAAGCCAAACAACCACUCCGGCUCCCAUGUAUACGACAUCAAUUUAUACAACUACUGUUCCCACCACAGCAGUGGCACCGCAGGGAAAUACCGAAGGCACAAACGGAGGGUUCAAGCGGCAAGUUGAGGUGUUUGAGAAUACGUUUGCCGAGAAGAACACUACCGCUCGAAAACUCGGACUCGGCAUUGCCGAACAACCGGCCGUUGGACUCGGCUUGUAUUUUAUUGUCACCUUUUUGAUGCUUUCGUUUUUGAAGAAAAAGAAAAUCUUAUGA